CGAGCCCCACAGGGGGUGCCCCUCAUCAUCCCCCCCCGCCCCUAACGGCACACACGGGGUGGGCAGAGCCAGCCCGGAUCUGGGGCAGCUGGAAAAUGAGGAGGACGAAGCCUAUUAGCAGCUCAGUGCCAGCGAAGCAGAAGCGGAGAGGGAAGCGGAUUUGCGGGGGGAAGGGGGCCAGGACCUUGAGCCAGCGAUGGCUAUAUUGGUCCUGGGUUUUUCUAAGGAGCUGCCAGGGGGGUCAGGGCCCCCCCCUGGAUCCUCUGCUUGGGCCAGACCCCCGGCAGGAGAACAUCCAUGGCUGCAGGGAUGGGGAUGGUCCCUGUGCCGAGGAUGUCCCUGUCUGUGGUCCCCCCACCACAUCCACGCGCUGGCUGAAAGAUAAGGGGAAUGAUUCCAAAAUGUGGUCCUGGGCAGACUGGGGCACAAGUGGGCUGCACUUUUGUAGCUCAGAGGGCUCUUCUACCUGUCUGUUGGUGCUGGGGAGGAUGGGGGAGCAGACGGGGGUCCCCUGUGCCCUGUGUGGGCCUUUUUGGGGUCCUCUCAGAGGCGCAAGCGUCCUUGCGGGGUCUGCGGGAAGGGCUGAGCUGCUGGUGCCUCCAGAUCUUGUGCCUCAGUUUCCUCAAGCUGCCGAGCAGGGCUGCGGCUGUCACGGAGGGAGGGCCUUGGUUCGGUUCGGUUCAGCGGUGGCCGUCAUUAACCACUGUGGGUUUUCCCCUUUUUUCCCCUCCGCCGCAGCCCAAAUCGAAGUGAUCCCGUGCAAGAUCUGCGGAGACAAGUCCUCAGGGAUCCACUACGGCGUUAUCACCUGCGAGGGCUGCAAGGGUUUUUUUCGGAGGAGCCAGCAGAACAACGCCAGCUACUCCUGCUCCCGGCAGAGGAACUGCCUGAUCGACCGCACCAACCGCAACCGCUGCCAGCACUGCCGCCUGCAGAAAUGCCUGGCGCUGGGCAUGUCCCGCGACGCGGUGAAGUUCGGCCGCAUGUCGAAGAAGCAGCGGGACAGCCUCUACGCUGAGGUGCAGAAGCACCAGCAGAGCCAGGAGCAGAGCGGCGGCACCAAGGAUGAGCCCGAACCCCUGAGCCGCGUCUACACCACCAGCGUCAGCAGCGGGCUCUCGGACCUGGACGACAUCUCCACGCUGUCGGACGGGCUCCUCUUCGACUUCCCCCUCACCCCCGAUGGCAGCAGCACCUACUACAACCUCGACCUGCUCGCCUCGGCGCAGCCCUCGCCCGACCAGUCCAGCCUGGACGUGGCCGAUGCCACGCUCAUCAAGCAGGAGUCCAUCUACGAGCUGAUGCUGGAGCCAGCCCUGUUCUCGCACGGCACGCUGGAGGGCGGCCAGCUGGCCGCCGAUAUCUCCGUCCUCGAGAUCGACCGGGUGGCCCAGAACGUGGUGAAGUCGCACUUGGAGACGUGCCAGUACACGACGGAGGAGCUCAAGCGCCUGGCGUGGAGCCUCUACUCCCCCGAGGAGGUCCGCGCCUUGCAGAGCAAGAGCUGCGAGGCCAUGUGGCAGCAGUGCUCGCUGCAGAUCUCCAACGCCAUCCAGUACGUGGUGGAGUUCGCCAAGCGCAUCGACGGCUUCAUGGAGCUCUGCCAGAACGACCAGAUCAUCCUCCUGAAAGCCGGUUGCCUCGAGGUGCUCCUGAUCCGCAUGAUCCGCGCGUUCAACCCCUUGAACAACACCGUCCUCUUCGAGGGGAAGUUUGGCGGCAUGCAGAUGUUCAAGUCGCUCGGCUGCGACGACCUCAUCGGCGCCAUCUUCGAGCUGGGGAGGACCCUGUGCCGCCUGCAGCUGUCGGACGAGGAGCUCGCCCUCUUCACCGCCGCCGUCCUGCUCUCCCCAGAUCGCCCGUGGCUGACAGAGUCCAAGAAAGUGCAGAAGCUCCAGGACAAGAUCUACGUGGCCCUGCAGCACGAGAUCCAGAAGAAACACUCCACUGAGGACAAGCUCUCCAAGAUGGUUUCCAAGGUGCCCUUGAUGAAGACCAUUUGCAAUCUGCACUUGGACAAGCUGGAAUUUUUCCGUCUCCUGCACCCGGAGACUGCCAUGAACUUCCCACCCCUCUAUAAGGAGGUCUUCAACUCCGAGCUCCAGUACAGCGACCCACGGGAGAGCUAAGGCUGGGAGCCACCGGCCCCCUUCGAGUUCCCCAAAAAUUUGGAGAUGAACUAAACUUCAGAGGUUUGGGGCAGUUUAUUUAAAAUCAAAUAAUCAAACUCAAGAGAACCCAGGGGGCUGGGGUAUCUCCCUGGCCCCAUUUCCUCGCUGUGGAUUGCAAUAGCUCUUGAAUGUAAAGCACCUUGAAGGAAAAAGCAAACGGACUUUGCCAUACCAGUGAAAUGAAUGUGAAAUCUUCGCUCGGGAGAGGAGAUGCUCCAGGCAGUGGUAAGGGACCGACUCCUCUCCGCAGCGCACGGAUCCAGGGGAGCGCACGCCACGCACACGCCGCCGUGCUUGCGGCACGUUCCUUCCUGCUGUCCUGGCUGCGCUCUCCGUCUCUGUGGGUUUUUUUUGUUUUUGUUUUUUUUUUUUUUAACCCAAACACAAGGCAUGGGAUAAAGAAGGGGCAAUGCAGACUCGGCCAGAUAGCGGUGAGCCAGGCCCGUGGGAGCAGCUCUGGGCUCCCAGCUGGAGCCAAGGAGAGGGCAGAGGCAGAGCCUUUGCUUUAUUCUUUCUCUUGUGGGUGCAGCGAGCCCACUGGGCACGGGAUGACCUCGGGAGCUUGGCCAAGAAAGACCUGGGGGGGGGAUUCAGCAGAGGAUUUUCCCAUGGAGGAGGCUGGCUUGAGGGAGAGGAUGCCCAGUGCAGCAGGGGAAGAGCUUUGCAGGGUCUCCGUGCCCUCCGUCACAGCAUUUUCCCAAAUGCCCGGCUAAGUCCCCAUCCAGCCGGUUGACCACGGCUUUGCGGAGCCUCGUGGCACCUUUCCGCAUCCCGGGCGCUUUUCAAAGAGGGGCAAUGCCCUUGUGACUGUGGCCAAAUCCCAGCUCCUGGCUGCUCCCCGGCGGAGGCGGCCGCAGGCUGGUGGUGCAGGCGCUGGGGCUGGGUGCCUGUCCCCGCGCGUCGCCGCAGGCAGUGGCCCUUUGGGUGCUGGCUGUUGUGUGUAGUUUUCUUACUGAGACCGUUAAAACCGCCCCGUGGCUCAGCACCCAGAGGAGGUUUUGCGGCCUUUCCUCUGACCAACCCCCAGCCUCUUCCACUGCUGGGUCCCCCCCUUCCUGUGCCAGGACCACCGGCAGCACGGCCAUGGCUACUGUUGAGUUGGACGCGGGUUUUUCGCCCCCAAGGAGCUCUUUAGAACUGUUAGUUUGGGGUUUGUUCUCUAUUUAGCAGCAUCCAGGAGCUUUCUAGGGAGAGAAACUGCCCAUUGGGGUCAAGGGAAAGCGAAAGGUCCUUCUUCCUUCCCUGGGAAGUCGCAGCGUGGUCAGGACCCGCUGCUCCAAGCUUGGGAGGUUUAAAAGGGCCAAGAAGGGAUGGAUUUGUGGGGCGAUGUUGCAAAAACCCACAGCUGGCGAGGUUGCUUGAAGGACUCUGGCCAGGCUCCUCUGCAGAUUUUUUUUUUUUUCCAUCCCUAUUCCUUCUCCUCCUGUGACGAAUGCAAAAAGCCAUUCGAAAGGGAAAAAGCCGUUCUGAGGCAGCCCCAGUUUCUGCUGACAAAGGGCUAAAAUCCCAAGCCCCUUCCCACUUCGUGUUGGUUUCUCUUGUGCCCAACCCCGUCCUCCAGCAGCUCGGAUCGUCUCUGAGCAUGAGCUGAAGACCUUCAGUUUGAUCGUUGAACCCCUUAAACUAAACGAGCAGCUUUCUUAGCAAUGGUAGGGGAUAUUCAUGCUUUCAGUUAAAACAGACCUCCUAAGGAAGACUACGGACCAGCCUCGACCAGGGAAGACUCACCAGGAAGCCGACGGGAUUUCUGCUUCAGUGUAAGGCAGAGAAAAACUCGGGACUGUGUUAUUCCCCGGCAGCUACCGUCCGCCACGUCCAGCCGUGUGCUUUCUGGUUUUGCUAAACCACCAUCUGAACUGCUUCUCGGAGCGCAUCGGAGUUCGUCAGCCUUGUUUCUCUCCCCGACGGCGUUAGAGCCCAGGUCUCUGGGGAAGGCUGCUGCCCCUCCCAGCGGCCCCGCUCGAUGUUGAGUGCCAAUGCGUCGUUCUCCAGCGCAGCGUUCACCAGGGUGGGGACGCGCUGUGCUUGUUUUCCUGCCCUCUCGUAUCCUAAAGCUUGUGAGAAGUGAGAAGUCAGUACUGCCUUUUUCAUUUAGAGGGUUGUGCCUUUUUUUUUUUUUGAAGAAUCAUUUCCAACAGCGCCGUUCGCUUCCCGGCUCCUCUUUGCAGGGAAAAGCACUUGAGAAAAUGAAUGUGCUUUGCGGAGGGGGCUCUCGCCCUCCGUUUCUGCAGGACAGCAGCACUCCCUUUCUCAGAGGAAACAGCCACAGCUGUUUUGAAAUGUUUGGGGGGAAAAAAAAAAAAAAAAAAGCACACACCCUUCUUUAUGUCCUUGGUAUUUGUCAGCCAAUGUGGUCACUGUCACCGUUUUCAUUUCAUCCGGCAAAGAAACCAAGAAAGCACCUUAAAUCAGGAAAAGACUGAGCCCUCACCACCAGUUGCGUUUUUCUGGCUUAGGACACAGCGUCCAUCUCAUGGGAGAGAUUUUGGAUUCUGAGCAAUAAAAGCCCCCGUGGGAAUCUAGGGAAGACUGGAAGUAUUAAACAUGUAAACCAACCUGCCAAACUGCGGGAACCUGCACUUUUAAAGUUCUCUUUAAAGGAACCGACUUGUUGAUUAAACGAUUUCUUGCCUGGGACGGGCGGCGCGCAUCGAAAGGGAUGGCAAGGGCGCGCCAACCCCCCCCGCGCCACCUCUGCUGGCUGCAGCCUCCGCUUGCGGCUCGACCGGCCGCGUGGGGCCGCGGUGGCAGUGCCAAGGUCCCUCACGCUCCCUCUGUGCCACCAAGAGCAGCGGCUCGGCAGAGCCAGGCAUCGAGCUUGUAGGGAAAGGGCGAACAAAAAAGCCUGGGUAGAAAAAAAAAAGGGAGAUUUCUGCUCUCCCCUGUGCCAGAGCUGCGUGUGGCCGGCGGAGAUGAUGCACAGGAGCCCCGAGACCCCCGACUUGCUCUGAUGCUUGGGCCUCAGCGUCUCAAAGACGUUUCCAUCCCCCUGGCCACGAGACAUUUUGCCACUUUAGUUUCAAACAGACCUCGGCAGCGGUUCCCUCGAGCAGGGCAACCUCAGCCACGAGGGAUUGCUCAUUCCAGACCAAGAUUUUGUGUUUGUUUGUUUGUUUGCUCUGGCAGUUUAGCUGAGUGUGCAUUUCCACCUCCAGAACCCUCACACUGUGUAUAAAAAUGGAUAAAAUAUAUAUAAUAUAUAUUCUUGUGAAUGUUGGUGCAAAAGAGAAAAAUAUAUAAAGUUUCAGUUGGUUUUAUGUUAUUUUUUAUCUAUAUGAAUGAAAGAAAGAAAUGGAAAACAUUUUUUUUCCAUUUACCACCCUCCACACACACCUACCUGUAGAUAUCGACAGGUUUUAUGGAAAUGUUUUACUUUUUAGAUUUAGGAACAUGCUUCUGUUCUCAUUGAAUGUUCUGUCUUGUAAGACUGUAAUUUCUAUUUUUUUAAAGAAAAGAAAAUAACUAAAUAAAAUUUCCUCUUUUGGACCAGUCAGCUAGGAAGGGAGGGCAGGGGAGGGAGAAAUGUUUAUUUAAGGACAAAAACAUUGUCUGAAUUUUUCAUGACAUUAAAUAAAAAGUAAUAUAAUGUAUGGAUGAAAAACUUUUUAUUGAGGUGUAUUCUAUAGGCAUAUAGAUGUAUAUUGCACAGAAUCUACAGGGAGAAAAAUAAAGUCUGUUUUACAAGGUAAAAAAAAAA